AUGAGCCGGCAACUGAGCAUCAAGUCUGGUGGCGACAAGGGUGGCUUCAGUGGGCGCUCGGCAGUGGUGCUGAGGAAGGCGGUGGGCAGUGCGCCUUCUUACCGUGCAGCUGGCAAAGGAGCAGGGACUGGCUUUGGCAGUCGAAGCCUCUAUGGUCUCGAAGGGAAUCAGUGUAGUUCCCUCAGCAUGGCUGGUGGCGGUGUUCGGACUGGAGGUUACAGCUUCGGGCUUGGCUCUGGGUACGGAGAGGGCCGGGCCAGUGGCUUUGCUUGCAGCAUGUUUGGCAGUGUGGUCCUGGGGCCUGUGUGCUCAUCCAUGUGCCCACCUAGGGGCAUCCACCAGGUCACCAUCAAUGAGAGCCUCCUGGCCCCACUCAACGUGGAGCUGGACCCCGAGAUCCAGAAAGUGCGUGCGCAGGAGCGGGAGCAGAUCAAGGCACUGAACGACAAGUUUGCCUCCUUCAUUGACAAGGUGCGGUUCCUGGAGCAGCAGAACCAGGUGCUGGAGACCAAGUGGGCGCUGCUGCAGCAGCUGGACCUGAGCAACUGCAAGAACCACCUGGAGCCCAUCCUUGAGCGCUACAUCGGCAACCUGCGGAAGCAGCUGGAGGCGCUGUCCGGGGACAGGGUGAGGCUGGACUCGGGGCUGAGGAGCGUGCGGGACGUGGUGGAGGACUACAAGAAGAGGUAUGAGGUGGAGAUUAAUCGGCGCACAGCAGCUGAGAAUGAGUUCGUGGUACUCAAGAAGGAUGCAGAUGCGGCCUACACAGUCACGAUGGAGCUUCAGGCCAAAGUGGACUCUCUGGACAAAGAUGUCAAGUUGCUCAAGUGCCUGUACGAUGCGGAGAUGGCCCAGAUCCAGACUCACACCAGUGAGACCUCCAUCAUCCUGUCCAUGGACAACAACCGGGACCUGGACCUGGACAGCAUCAUCACCGAGGUCCGCGCCCAGUACGAGAAGAUCGCCCUGAAGAGCAAGGCCGAGGCCGAGGCGCUGUACCAGACCAAGAUCCAGCAGCUGCAGCAGGCAGCCGGUUGGCAUGGUGAUGACCUCAAACACACCAAGAACGAGAUGUCGGAGCUGAACCGGCUCAUCCAGAGGAUCCGGUGUGAGAUAGCAAAUGUGAAGAAGCAGUGCUCCAACCUGGAGACAGCCAUCGCCAACGCCGAGCAGCGGGGGGACAACGCCCUGAAGGAUGCCCGGGCCAAGCUCGAUGAGCUGGAGGCCGCCCUGCUCCAGGGCAAGGAGGAGAUGGCCCGGCUGCUGAAGGAGUACCAGGAGCUCAUGAGCCUGAAGCUGGCCCUGGACAUGGAGAUCGCCACCUAUCGCAAGCUGCUGGAGGGCGAGGAGUGCCGGAUGUCUGGUGAGAAUCCCUCUUCUGUGAGCAUCUCUGUCAUCAGCAGCAGUACCAGCGGCUUUGGCUACCACCCUGGCUCCUCGGAGAGCGUCGACCUUGGGGCCAGCGCCACGGUGGGCAGCUCCGGCAGUACCCGAGGCGGGCAGACCAGGGCCAAAGGAGCACGAGCGGGAGACCCCGAGGACUCCCAAGGCGAAAGCGCCCCAGUCACCGGCCCGGCCAGGAUAGCCACUCCGUAAGCCCCACGUCCCCACUCACCUCAGCACCUGGGAGAAGAGACGCUCCUGCUGCCGCCCUGCCUGAAGAUGUCUGCCACGCCCACCCCUCCCUCCGAGUCCUGGGACUGCUCGGCCACCUGCACACACCAUGGCUUGUCUCCCUGUCAAGUUCUGAUUGGCGCCAUCACCUCCCCAUUUCCUCUGGUCCCGU